AAAUUCGCGCUUUUUGUAAUUCCUGGAAUAAUGGCUCAGGCAAACCCUAUUUGGAAGUUUUUCCAAAGAAAUUCGAGCACAGCAAAGUGUGAAAUAUGUUCAAAGGCAAUAUCUCUUGGUAACGUAAAUAAGAGGCGACAAACAACAGCCAACAUCAAAAAACAUUUGCAGACAGCUCACAAAAAUGAGUGGAAAAUUUACCUUAAAGAGCAGGAUGAAUUUUUAGCAGGAGUGAAAAAGCAAAAAAAAGACGGAUCCAACUUCCAGCACACUCCAAGAAACGCUGCCGAGCUUACUCCAGAGGAAAAGUGGAUAUUGUUACCCAGACGAUCAUCCAGUGACCUUGCGAAUCGACAAAUCCAUAAUGGAUUUAAUUAUUGUCGAUAUGCUGCCCUACAAUAUAGUUGAAGGUAAUGCGUUUAAUAGGUUAAACAUUUGUGAUCCAAGCGGCGAUAGCAGAUAUCGCAAAAAGAGCGAAAAGUUUUUCCGGACUACGUUGAUGCCAGCAACCUACGAUAAGAUAAAGCACAAAGUUACUUAUCUCAUAGCAAAUGCGGAAUGGAUCAGUUUCACAACUGAUAUUUGGAGCAACUCCACCAAAUCAUGCUCCUUGCUCAGUUUUACAGCACAUUUCAUAGAAGGGCCUCGUAGGCUAAAAGUUAUUUUGGCAGCUAGCGUUCUGGAAACUGAUCAUACCGCUCAAAAUAUUUUUGCUGAUUUAAACAAAGUUAUAGAAGAAUACAACAUUCGGUCAAAAAUUCAUUUGGCGGUAACUGACAAUGCUGCAAAUAUGAGAGCAGCAAUGAAGUUGGGUAAUAUUAAAUGGUUUGGGUGUACGGCACAUAAUUUGCAACUUGUGAUUCAGGACGCAAUUUAUAACCGGAAAAAUAUUCAAGAUAUAUCACACAAAUGCCGAAAAAUUGUGGGACAUUUUAAGAGAAGUGAGCAGGCAUGUCGCUACUUAAAAAAAUGCUAAGAAACGCUUGGUUUGCCUAAUCAUUCACUAAUACAAGAGGUUGUUUGCAGAUGGAAUAGUACAUAUUUGAUGUUAAGUAGAUUAUACGAGCAGAAGGCUGCCAUUAAUUUAUAUAUAGCAGAACGUGGUUCUAUAGAAAUAUUGUCUGUUAGUGAAUGGGCGGAUAUAUCUAAUGUAAUAUCAGUAUUAAAGCCGUUUUACCAAGCAACUCUUGAUCUGUCUUAUGAGUCUACGUGUGCAUCUGUCAUAAUACCUUUAAUUUCCAUGAUUCAAAUUAAGCUCGAAUCUAAUGAUAACGACGGUGCUGAAAUUGCGAUGCUAAAGGUAAAUUUAAAAACGUCUUUAUCGCGGCGAUUCGAAUUUAUUAAGACAAAUACAGAGUUGCUUAUUUCCACACUACUUGACCCGCGUUUUAAACAAAAAUAUUUCUCAACCGCAGAAACUCGUAGAUGUGAAACUCUAUUGAAAGAACAAAUAAAUACAAAUAAAGAUUCGUUGGAAGUUUUACCAGCUGUUUCUCCCACUCGCUCCUCUGAAACAAUUCACACUAACAAUCUUUGGGAAUCUCACGAUUCUGAUAUAUUAUCUCAAGGUAUUGAAGUGAAAGAAGGUAUAUCACAAUUAAAAAAACAGCUUGAUUCCUAUCUUAAUGAGCAACGUAUUCCUCGGGAUAGUAAUAUUUUUGAAUAUUGGCAUCAGAGUCCAUAUUUUCUCUUGAAAAAAAUAGCUACCAAAUAUAUGUCAGCUCCGGCGUCAAGCGUUGCGAGUGAACAGCUUUUCAGUGCUGCGGGUCAGCUCUAUAGCGAUAGGCGUACCAAUUUACUCGGAGAAAACGCCAAUAAGCUUCUAUUUUUGCAUUACAAUAUUAAAUUAUUCAACUUUGACUAUUAAUUUAAAGACGUACAUAUGUAUGUACAUGCCUAGCAUUUAAGUUCUUAUGCAUUGAGUGCAAGAGUGUAUUUGAGUACAAACCGAAAUGAAAUUGUAUGUUCCUAUUUCUUGCUAAGCACUAUAAAAAAGGGUUUUAUGUAAUGUACAUAAAUGUGAUAUAUGUACAUAAUAAUCUCACCCACAUGUGUAUGUAAUAUUGCAUAACA